AUGAAUUCCUAUCCCCAUGAGUUCUUGGCCCAUCCCCAGCCGUUGAUGUUCGUAGCUGGGCUGAACCCAGUCUCACGAGAACGAAGCGUAUCAUCAGCAUCAACCACUAGCAUCAGCAAUAGGCGACAAUCAGGUGGAGCUUCAAGCUUGUUGGAACCGACUACAGCGGGGAAUAUAGCUCUUACUACGCCUAUAACCUCACCUACGCCAAGGAACGAUAAUCUACCUUCUCCUUUGGACGAACUGACCACUUCAGAGGAGACGACAACUCAAGAUGGAAGCAAGGAGGUGGUAGAGGGUUUAGAUGAGAGGGACAAAGAGUUUGAGGCACUGGUAUACAACCUCAGAGGAGCUCUGACGCCUAUGGGUGGUAAGGGGAAGGUAUGGUUAGGACAAGAAGGGAGAAAAGAUUUUAGGAUAGUGUUAGUGGACAAGGGAGUCCGUUUACCCAUGCGGAAGAUAAAUCCUUCUUCAUCCUCAACCUCGCAAUCUCAAGCAUCCAUAGCGGACCUACCAACAAGUCCCCACUCACCGCUAUCACCCUUGAUACCCAGCUCACCGCUGUAUCCUGACGGUCUGAUAGCACCAGUAUGGGUAAGGAAACAUGCCGAACUGGUACCAUCCGUAUUCGUCCUUUUCCUAAGGUUGUACGAGUCUAAACCUAUUCCUUCGAGUGAUGAUCCAGAAGUCAACGCGGCUAAAGAAGCUGCCAACAAAGCUAUGGAGAAAGAUCAAGACGAUCAGCUUAUAAGAGAGAUCGGAGAUAGGAGGAGGAGAUUGGGUGAAAGAGGAAUUAAGUUGACGGUUGUAUUGAUGGCUAGUGCAGCUACUUUAGAUUCACCAGCUCUAGAUCCUAGAUUAUCUUACCUCCGACGAGCCUCAGCAUUAUCAGCCAAAGCAUCCUUGUUCGUCCUCACCCCAGUCCCAGCAGACCAAUUACCGGAUUUUGUCCAAUCCCUACAAGAUGCACUGUACGACUCAGCAAUGGAAUAUUACUCGAAUCACGCAAAGAGAGUACGAAGGAAGAGAUCGAGAGUGCCCGUCAGCCAGAAUAUCCUGUCUCCCUCUACAGCGCAGGGACACGGACAGGGACCAAGAGCUUUGGGACCGCAGGGUUGGGCAGUGAGAUAUGAUUGGAAAGCUGGAUGGUUUGCUGAGGUCAGAGGGGAUUUUGAAACCGCUAGGAGGCAUUAUGAAGAUUGCUGGAACGAGCUGGCAAAGAUGUUCUCUUCGACAACGACUUUACCGCCCAGAACAAAGAGAUGGGCAGAAGCAAAAGUCUUAGCGGACUGUGUGGCUGUCAGAAUAUGCAAAUUGCUAUUAUACGAUGACCAAGGUCCUCGAGUGCUCAACCCGUUCUUCGUGCAUCUAAAACGGUUCGGUGAUCUAUCUCGAGGAUGGGGUAUAGGGGAAGAGACCUUUGAGUUCUGGAGCUGGAUCGCUAGACAGUAUCGAAUAUUUGCUGAACUACUCGAAAUGGCUCAACAAUCAGGAAUGAGAAUUGCAUCUUUGGCACCACCAACUUUUCCUACUGCCGUGGCCGCCGCUGCACCUCCACCACCAGAUUACUACACCACACCCAUAUCCUCUGGAAACCCCUUGCAGGUAUUGCAGCAACCUGCAUUUUAUUAUUAUACAGCUGCCACAUGCUCGAUUCAGAGACAGCUGAGAUAUCAGGAAGCCUUGGCUGCUGAGAAUGACGCGCUUAGCUCUGAAGCUGGAUCGACUUCGGGCUACGUCUCGACAGCACCUGGAUUCGCUAUUGAGAAGAAGGUUGAUCAUGCAGCUUUGGUGAUAGAACUAUUCACUAAGGCGUAUUCUCUGCUGAAAGAACAGGAUCACGCUCAGAAUCGUUUGGCUCUGUUUGUCGCUUUUAGGAUAGCAGAGGUGUACUGCCAAUCUGCUCAGUAUGAUCUGGCUUUACGCUUCUUCGAUAGAAUCUCUCAAGGGUUCAAAAGAGAAAGAUGGUCACCCAUUGUCAGACAGAUACGUAAACUGUGGUACGAAUGUGCUCAACAGACAGGGAAUGUGGAGAGCGCAGCCAGAUUAUUGGUAGAGAUGAUGAGUCCUGACAGUGGCGUUGAGGGAGAAGAAAGAGCAGCCUUACAAGAGGACUUGCUAUCCCUAAUGAAGACCACUUCACCGUCUAGCACGGAGCCGAUUGCUGUGAAUUUGGAGGGACAGAAUAGUCUACUAAAUGUUCAAGCUGGCUUUUGGCAAUCGGAGUCUACCUUAUCACAAAGUGUCCCGUACCAGGUUAUACUACGCUGUCCUGGAGAGGUGGCUAUCGAUGAGAUCCAGUUCUCAUCCCUUAUCAUAUCUUGGUCCGAUAAUCGUCAUGACACAGUGAUAAACGCUUCUGAAGGGUCACAAGAGCAAAUAGAAUUUGUCAAAGUGGAACAAAACGAAGGAAACAAGGCUUCUUUGAAGUGGGGAGAAGAGAAGACUUUAGUUAUCAAUGGAGAAACUAUAGGAGAUGUAGAGGGAGAAGUCCGAAUAUCUGGCUUGAAAUUAUGCUUGAAGCAGGGUUCUUGGGAUUUGCAGAUACACCUUAGCCCGGAUGAUUUGGAAGAAUGGAUAACACCGAAAGGAGCGAUAGUACCUGUUCAAGCACUUUCGUCUUCGGUCGACUUCAUACACAAAUCGCAUGACUUGGAUGUGGAUCUCACCCAUGUGCCGUCUGCUUUUGUCGGCGAAGAUGUGGAAAUAAAUAUCAAGGUGACGAACCAGGACGAUCGGGAGAUGGAUAUAUCGCUGUCUAUGUUUUUGCAGCCAGGCGAUGGCGAUGAGGAUGUUGGCUCAACGCUUACCAUGGACGAUCAAGUUUCACCAACAUUCAUCAAAGAUAUACCGCUCGGCAAAUUAUCUCCCUCAGCAUCAACCUCGAAAACCAUUUUCCUGCGUGCUUCAAUGGAAGGCACAAAGAUCGUUGAUUUCUCCUUACAAUCGACGGUCAAAUUGCCCGCUUCCAAGACUCUCUCUCCUACUUCCGAUGACCAAGUCGUGGAAAGGACAGAGGAGAUCACCAGAACGGCCGUGAUACCUGUUCUCAGACCGUUCGAAGUGAAGAUGGCAGUUAGGUAUUCGCAGAGAUUGGCAGGCACAGUAGGUGCCGGUGUCGGUGGCGGUGCCAAUGCCAUUGUAGGUAUAUUAGUUGAAGUUCCUGGACCUAGGGCAGUGAGGGUAGAAAAGAUUGAAUUGCUCGACAACGACAACAAUAAUGAAAGUGGCGAAAAGGACGUGAAGCUCGUGUCGAGCUCGUUGGUUGAUGAUGAUGUUGAAACGCUCCCUCAAGAUUGGGACCAAACUACGAGUUACGCCCUAUCAGCUAAAUUCUCCUUGAGCUUCGGGUUGAGAGGUGGAACGGCAGGUGAUCCAAUCAAAGUACCUGCUAAUUUAGUUUUCACCUGGAAGAGUGAUUCAUCAAAAUCAUCAAUAACGACUGUUCAUCCUAUCCCUCCAUUGUUCAUCGAAUCACCUAGAGAAUCAUAUCUUAUCUCCACCCUACAUCUCCCCCUGCCACCUACUGCGAAAAUAAAUGAACCAUUUGAUAUCCAUCUUAAUGUACUCAACACUCACCCCACCUCUUCAGCAACCAAUGUGAAUAUUGUAGGAGAGACAAAAGAGAACUUUGUAUGGUUAGGUAAUAGGAACAUCAUAACUUCUCCACCUCUAAAACCAGGUGAAGCGCGAACAAUGAAAUUCACUUUGAUACCUCUAUCAUUGUCUUCAAGUAGCGAUGGAUGGAUGGAAAUUCCUAAAAUCAGUGUAUUUGAAGGUGAGGGUGAAGAUAGGGAGGAAGUUAGUGUUAAAGAUGGGAACGCAAUUUUGGUUAGACCGUAA